CUGUGGGAGUAUAUGGUAAAGCCGAGGUAUAUUGUGGCGUCAGCGAGGAAGGAGUAGAUGGUGUCAGCAGCGAUGAACAAAAAUGAAUCUUCCUCGAAAGAGGCUGAGGUGGUGGUGACUCAGACUCAGCAGCGUAAUCCCGCCACUGCCACGCCGCCACGUAAUUGGCUUCUCUCGUUAAGCAACCGCAGCCACUGUAGUGCAGUUUACUGUGAGAUCGAGUAGUAACCAACCCACGGUCAGCUUAGCAAAACCCCCCACUCCCUCACACUCGCUGCCCCUAUAAAUACCGACCUCGCUCAUCAUAUUUCGUUCCUGAUUUGGAUUACUUUGGAAGAGAGGGUUUCACUCACUCAAGCUGGCAGCUCAAGAUAAAGCACCGUGUUUUUGCUGCUCUCCACUCACUUAGGUUGAGAUGUGUCCCCCGGCGCAGCCCCCUCCUUGUGAGAUUGGUUUUUACUGGAGUGAUGAGCAAAUCAUUUCGUUACUUGCAGAUUACUCACCAGGAUCCUACCUCCCCGAUAACGUGCUAGAAGAUUCAAGCCCUUUCCUGUACCCACCCUAUAAUUUACCUGAAGGAAUGUGGUACUUGGUCCACUCGAAUGAGGAAAAAGAAUCGGCUCAUGGGUUCUGGAAAGCCAAAGGAGAAGCUUGUGAGGUUUAUUCAAACAAUGUGAUAAAUGGUUGGAGAACCACUCUCGAAUACUUUGAAGGCUUACCUCCUGAUGGAAAACUAACUAAUUGGCUUAUGCAAGAGUACAUGAUUACGCCCAAGGAAUUAAGUGACAAAUGUAGGCCAAAGGCCACCAGAUUGCUAUGCAGAGUCUUCCUCUGUAGUGACCAAAUAUCCAGAAGCAAGAUGAACCCCCAAAAUUGCAAAAACGUGAUCGAGUCAAAGAACAUCAAUCCAGUGAAGUCAAUUAAUUCUGACACAAAUAUAACCACUCACCAAGACACUGAGCGUGAAUCUCAGGCAAAGAGAGAAUGUGAAGUCGUAUCUGAUACGAAACCAAACUCUCCUCCCCAAGACUUGUCCGAACUAGAAUGCUUCUCGAGAGGCGACUUCUUGGAAUUGAAUGAUUUAGAAGAUCCGGAAUCACAUUCUUCAAGCUCACAGAAUUCAAGCUGUCCGAGCAAGUUAUCAGAAGAAUAUUUUGGCUCCACGGAUUUUCUGCGGGAUCUUGAGGAGGAAGUGGAGAAGAGUUACAGACAGGAGCAAUUUUCAAGUUUGGGUUACAGAUUUAGCAUGCAAAGCGACGUAGUUUUGCAGGCUGCUGUUUCCGGUUCUUCUGUAUUGUGCGAUUCUGUAAAAGGUGCCGAGACCCCGAGCACCAGUGCAGGAAGCUCGACGAGGGAAGAAAAGAAGGCUGGUUUCAACAAGUUGAGGACCUAUUUCUGUUUUGCAACAUUCUAAAUCCCACAAUUCUUCUUCUUGGAGCUACAAAACUUCAACAAAAUUCAGAAUACGAGUAACAACAUUAACCCUAUUGCUCAUAGGGAUAGAGAGGGACCAACACCAACACUUACUAUGUAGUUAUUAAUAUCUGCUUGAAGCUGUAAUUCAUAUAGGGUUUGUGAUAGUGUAAAAAAUUUAACAUAUUAGUGAUUGUUUUGACUGUAGUAGCA